ACGGCAUAGUUUGCCGAAGUCAUGAAUCCGAGUGGCGCUUGACGCUCCGCAGUGAAUUCGAAAGUGGAGUAGAAAAUUCACGAAUAGUAUCGAACAUGGCUCAAGAUUCCGAAAAAGGGAACUACAAGUCUCCCGAGGGUUCGCACAAGUACGAGUACGCUGUGACGUUUGUUUGUUUCAUAGUCGUCUUCGGCAUCGGUACCGAAUUCGGAUUCAAUUCACCGUUGAUCAGUGUCCUCACCGCUCCGAAUACCCCGAUCAAUGUGACCGCAUCCGAAUUGUCCACAAUUGCCGCUGCCGUCGUCGGAGGUCAGAUGGUAACGCCGGUGUUGACACUCUGCAUGGAUAAAGUUGGCAGGAAACCGAUUCUCUUUGGCUUCGCCGUAUCCAUCGUAAUCAGCUGGACCAUGGUUGCGAUAGCUAACGGUGUUCUGGUUCUUACCGUCGGCAGACUGGUCGGUGGUUUCGCAAUGGGAGUCGGCUUAAUGAUAAGUCCGAUCUACUUGAGCGAAGUAACAUCGGCCAAGUUGAGAGGUACCUUAGGACUCAUGAUACCGAUAGGGGCCAGCUGCGGUAUGCUGUUCACCUACAUGAUAAUACCUUACUUGAAGUUUUACAACUCCGUUUACGUGCUACUGAGCCUCGGAGUCGCCGCGACGAUCGCUUUAUGCUUCAUUCCCGAAUCACCUUACUUCCUGGCGAUGAAAGGUAGGAUCGAGGAGGCCGAGGAGGUGCUCGAAAAACUCCGGGGAAAAACGGACGUCGCGGAAGAAUUGGAAACGGUUAAAGAAGCCGUGACGAAACAGAGAGAACAGAUGAACAGGGACGAGAGAGACGGCAUCGGGCGAAAAGUAUUGAAAAUUAUAAAGGAGAUCGCGCUGGUGCGCGCUAACCGUCGUGCAUUUCUGGUAAACGUAUCGUUCGUCAUGAUGAUUCACGGUGGCGGAUACAUGAUGGUACUGGCGUUCGCGCCGCAAAUAGUCAACGCCAUGAAGGUUGAAAUAAACGAGUACAUGAUCAAUAUAAUAUUAGCGGUCAUUCAGCUGGUUUGCAGCUGCGUGACGAGCUUUGUGAUCGACAAGUUCGGCCGAAGAGCUCUAAGCAUUACCGCGGGUAUAGUUUGCUCGGCGUCCACUCUGAUCAUCACCAUUUACUUCUGCCUCUUGGAAAACCUGGAGAUCGAUGUCUCCGCGUACAGCGGCUUCGCCCUAUUCGCAAUGACCAUCUUCGUAGUAGCAAUGACUACGGGAAUAACGUCCGUUCAGUUCGUCAUCAUUUCCGAGACACUGGCGUCGGAAAUAAAGAUCGCAAUCAACCUGAUCAUCGCGAUCGGUGGCGGACUGGUCGCUACCGUCACCGUCAAAGGGUUCAUACUGGUUACCAUGAUAUGGAAAUUGGGACACGCUCUCCCCUUCGCGGUAUGCUUCCUUAUACUUUGCGUAUGCGUGACAACGAUCCACAGGCUGUUGCCCGAGACGAAGGGGAGGACAUUCGUCGAAAUACAGAAAGCGUUCAACGCCUGAGAACGAAAAUUUUUACCUGAAAAUACAUUUUUUAAAUAAAGACGAGAUUUGGUAACGGA